AUGAGUAGAACUCAAGUUAUGAUCAAAAUAGUGAAGACUGGUCCAGACAGCCUUAUCGAGCAUUCGCGCCCUGAGCCGCGCACGCCGGCCGAUCAAGGAACGAACGUACCGCGACCGUGCCGCGCAUAUCGUCCGCGUCCCGCUAAUCCACGGGCGAUUUGUGAUUUCUUGAGUGCCCUGUUUUUAGAUUCUCUUGUCUUUUGGAGCAUUCUGGAGCAUAUGGGACAUGAGGAGCAUGGAGGGACUUGGCACAUGGACGCAGCUCAACUGGAUACGCAAAGGAAGAAGGGAGAAGCCAUCUUGAAGACCAGCUCGACCGUCUACUCGACCAACCGGUCGAGUUCCUCAACUCGACCGGCCAAGCUUCAACUCGAUCGAGCUGAGAAGUCAAAGUCAAACCCGAAAAAUGUUGCUUCCCCCUUGACUUUCCUUUGA